GGAGUAGACUUAACCGGAAUUGAUGCCUUAGGAACUAACCGAUUAAACCGCCUAAUCGCCUUACGCAAAAUCUUCCUUGAUCGAGCGGCAAUCUUAGGGAAUAUAGCGAACGCUACUGAAGCGAAUGUCAAUACGGUUUAUGGUGAAUUAAACGCCUUCCAACAACACGCUGCCAACUCGGCCAAUGCCACUGCUGAGGGUCAUAGUGUUGAUGCUGAUGAAGCAGCUCGCAAAGCCCGAGAAGCGGCUGAAUUAGCCACUGCCAAAACUGAUGCUAAAACAGCAAUCGAAAACAGUCAAAAGGAAACUGGUAAACCGAAAAUAACUGAUCCCGAGUUGAAUAAGCACUUAAAAGAGAUAGAUAAAGCUUAUAUUGAAGCGGCUGGAAAUAAAAAUGAACUAAAUAACCGGCAAAAAACAAUUGCCGAUGCUAUUGCUACACUCCGGAAAGCCAAAGAACCUACUCCUUUUGAGGCGGCCAAGGCUCAAAAUGAGUUUGAUGAUAAAAACACCCAAACCGAGAUUGAUAGCAAAAAAACUGAAUUAAUCACUAAAAUUGAUGCUGCCAAAGCCCAAGAAAAACCCACCCCCGAGCAAAAAGCCGAGGAAGUGAAAAAGUUAAAAACCCCCGAACAAAUUAAAGAAUUCAUUACCGAGAGUGUUCCGGAGCAGGAAAAAGAAGAAUUUGUUAAGCAUUUAAGUGAGUUGACCGAGGUCGAAAAACCAACUGGUUCGGGUAAAGAAGAGCAAUUUAAGAACUUUAUGGCACAGCAAAAGGCUGAAGUGGUAGUCAAAGCCGUUUGUAGUUAUAAAUUGAAAAAAGAUGAUAAUUUGCGGAAUGAAAUUGCCACGGAAAUGGAAACUAAAAAGGAUGCCGAGGGACAACUAUUAGAUGAAAAAGUUUAUCCAAAAAAGGAUGGUAAAUAUACCCCAGAGGCGAUGGUAAAAUAUCUUUUUGAGAAAAAAACUGGUCAGGCUCAUGCCUUUUCGGCAAAAAGUAGUGGGAACCAAAAUUCCCCAACCAGUCCAAAAAGUCAUUGA